AUGGAUUUUGAGGACUGGGGUUUUGUGGGUCUGCUUGUUGGUAUGGUUGGGAUUGCGAAGGUGCUUCAUUGUACAAUUAAAGAAAAUUGCCUUGAUUUCAAUGCCAGUGAUGGCUGGCUCCAAAAUCAAAGAGAGAUAUGGCGUUCGGUUGCUCCAAGUUUCUGGGAAAAAACUAUCUUCACAGCCCCAGUUGGUCGAUCCAUUCAAAAAAGCUCUAAAGACGAAAAUGGAAGAGCUUGGUUUAACCCGGGAGCAAGUUUACAACGCCGACGAAUCCGGUUUAUUUUGGAAACUUUUACCACAAAGACGUAUGUAUCAUCAUUAGAAAAAACAGCCCCAGGAGCAAAGAUGGAAAAGCAAAGAAUAACAUUCUUGUGCUGUUCAAAUGCGGAAGGAUCACAUCAACUCAAGCUCCUUGUGAUAGGCAAGGCCAGAAACCCCCGUUGUUUUAAGGGGUUUGACUGCCCUGUUCAUUAUCGACAUUCAAAGUCCGCUUGGAUGACUGCCGCUAUCUUCAAAGAUUGGUUCCAUCGUUCAUUCAUACCUGAGGUAACGAAAUUUUUCACAAAAAAAGGUCUACGAGUUAAGGCUGUCCUUUUAAUUGAUAACGCUCCAUCGCAUUCACCUGAGAAUGAACUUAAAAGUGAAGACGGCUCUAUUUUAGCAAUGUUUAUGCCACCCAACGUCACCCCCCUUAUUAUACAACCCAUGGACCAAAAUGCAAUCAGGAUUACAAAACUUUAUUACAGAAACAGUCUUUUGGCUUCCGUUGCUGCAACAAGAUGUGACUUGCUAGAGUCUAUGAAGCAAAUUUCACUUAAGGACGCUAUUAUUACCCUUGAAUCUGCAUGGAAUAAAGAGGAUGAGGCUGUGCUAUCAAAAUGCUGGAACAAUGUUUUGAGUAUGCUUGAAAAUCAAGAAGAUCCUGAAGAUGAAAUUCCUUUGAAUAUCCUUCGAAGGAACUUGAAUAUGAAUGUGGGAUACUUGGAGCAGAGCGCAGCCAAUUUUUUACAAAACUUGAGACCUGAGAUUGGAAUCUCUGCUUGCGGCGUUAGAGAAUGGAACGAGGAUGCUAUUGAAUUCAAUGAAAAUGAAAUACAAGAAAUAUCCGACGAAGAUGACUAUACUGUAGAGUCGCAAAAGACGAUUACAGCAAGAGAAGCUAUUGACAUAUUUAAUAAUGCUUUGGAAUGGCCUGAAAGUGAAAUGGUUGAACAAAGGGAAUUAAAUGUAUUAAAUAACCUAAGGGAAAAAGCAAUUUUUAAGGUGGUUGAACAAAAGAAACAGCAAAAGAGGAUUACCGAUUUUUUUCCAAAAUGAGCUUCAAUUUUUUAUAAAAUUAAAAUAUGUAUAAUAUGAAAUUGUAUCUAAAC